AUGGAAGUCCACCAACCAUUACCGACUCAGUAUUUGCAUAAUCCUUAUAUAGUAAAAACUGAACCACCGUCAUCAGCUCCACCUACUCCGCCCAACAAAAAUAUCAAUCAUACAGUAACACAGAGGCGAUCGACAAAUGGUCCCGGCGAUUCACUAUCAUGUUCGAGUGAUCAUCAGCUUUAUAAUCACAACAAUAACAAUGCAAAUAUGCAUUCUAAAGCGUCUACAAUGAUGCACAAUGGACGACCUUUAACAGCGGACAGGAAGCGACCGUACAAAUGUGAUAUGUGCUCAUCUAAAUUCGGCUCAAAGAUGGAACUUGAAGAGCAUCAAAAUUCACAUACCGGUUUAAAGCCGUUCGAAUGCACUGUAAUAUUUCUUACUAGUUUUCUGCAAAAAUUAUUGUUGAUUGUUGAUUUAGAUGAGUUAAUUUUAUUAUGUAAAGCACGUUUCAACCGUCGCUCAACACUAUGGAACCAUAAACGGAUUCAUUCAGACGAUAAACCAUUUGAAUGCAGCGUAUGUCGAAUGACUUUCAAGUGGAAAAAUUCGUUGAAAUGCCACAAGGAGAUGCAUCAACGAAAAAAUGAAAUUACAGGAUUGGAGAGUGAUCCAGACGAAAAGACACUUACCUAUGCGACUGCUGCUAAACGCCGUUUGUUAGAGGGUCAUGACAUUGCACGCACAGCGAGUUGUAGUACCGACUCGAUUCACAACAAUCAUUCAUUAAAUCCAACACCAAGAAAACGGGGUGCGAAAUCUCUUAAUCAGCGUGUGGUUUCGACUUCAACAGCAAACGGAAUUUCUAGCAACGGCGCUUUGACGGCUCCUUCGGAUAGCUUUAUUCAUCCGCCUCUGCAAGCCGAAGGAUUCUUCAGUAAUCAAAAAACCUUAUCAAUAAGCGAUCACAAGGAGCUUGAUUCGUUGUUGAGCAGCACAACUCGAUUAACCUCGAUGCUGAAGGAUGAAAGUGUUUUCAAAACAAAUAUUUGGUUUGAUUUAUGUGAUUCGCAAUCAGCUAAGAAAUUGGUAAUUAUUAAAUAUUUUAGCGAUGAUCUUGGCUCCAUUGGGAAUCACAGCUGCGUUUUCGAUUCCAAGCAAGAAAUGAAUCUUUUCCAUGCGAAUUCAUUUAUGGUGUUCGGAACGCAUCAAUUGCCGUCUUCUGUACAAGGCUUCGCACCAACAAAUUUACCAUUAUCGAGCUCGAAUGGAUCCUGCAACGAUUAUUUCCAUCUACAUAUAAAUCAAGGUGAUCAAAUGGCCUUAAGUCAGAACCAACCGACUAUUCCUCUCCACUCGCAAGCGCAGUAUGUCGAGAGCUCUUCACAAGCUGAAAUGUUGAUGGGCCAUAACGUAAUCACUUAUCAGUCACAGGUCGAAGCGCAAAAUUUAUUGACGUCACCAAAUGAUUAUUCAUUGACACCAACAAAUAUAGAUUAUAUGCUAAACGGUUAUCAAAGCACUUUACAAGACAAUUCAGCCAAUGCAGUGCGUUCAUCGCAAGACCAAUUGCAUUAUAAUCAAUCAGUCGAUGGAAUUAGCGCUGAAAGGCCGGAUAGUGGCAAAGAAGUACCACAAGUAUCCUGGUGA